AAAAAAAAUAAUCAAUUAUCUUCCGAAUGUUUUUAUUUAUUUUAUUAAUCGAUUAGAGAAUAAAACUCAUAACUCAUCACGUCACAAACCCCAGUGCAGUAGGUGGCGACAUUUGAUAAUGGUGCAGUUUGCCAAUGAAACCUGAAACCAGAAAAGGCGGACACCUUCUUUUGGCGCUAAAUGCAAAAUUAGAAGUCUUCGAAGACAACACAGUCCACGAUCACAAGAGACUCACACAGAUACAACCUUCUGCAUUUUUAAAAUUCGUCUGGAAACAACAGCAACAUGGUGGCCAGCAACGAUGGACCGGCUGACAACGCAAAUGCCGAGAACACAGCAGAAAAUCUGACCGAGGGAAGGAAUUCAAGCCCAAAUUCACAGCCUGCUGCCAAGAAACCAACGCCUCAUCCAACCCACACCGUCCAAUGGUGCGGGAACGACAAGAAACCAACGACUAUCACCUGCAAUAAAGCACAAACUGUUGGGGACUUGCUGAAGCAAAGUUCACAGUUUAGAGGCCUGGCAGAGAAAAACAAAACUAAAGAGCUUGUUGUAGUCAGGGAUGGGAGAGCUAUAAGUUCACACUUUCCUUGCAGUUUAAUUAAAGAUAAACGUCUGACUGUCAAGUAUGUGAAAGCUGACGGCAAGUCUGCAAAACCGGCUCAUAGCUCCCCCAGGACAGGACCGGCUUCUGAGCUUGUGAUGUUUCAUGUGUUGGCAAGGGGAGAUAAAAAUGUAGUGAGGAUCAUAAGAAAUCCAGCACUAAGAACAAUAAUUCAAGAAGUCACUGUUUAUGCAUUCAAAGGGGAAAAAGUAAAGCAAGCUCUUAAGAGAGAUGGUCGCUUUCUGAAUAUCAUAUUUAAUAAAAACUGUGGGCUGUCUAACCUGAGUACUGAGGUAAACACAGAGAUGUCCAAUCUGGUUGAUGAUCUUCAUGAUAAAACUUUCAAGAUCAUACUCCUCAAUAGGUCAAUUGUACUAGAGAGUCCGCCCAGCAGCCUUGAAGAGGAGUAUGUGUUGAAAAGUGAACCUGAGAGAUCUGAUUAUGGUGGAAACCAGGACUCCUCAGAGCAGUCUGCCACAAUCAAGUCAGAGAAUGGUGUCACACUGAAAGGGAAACCAAUGCUUCCUGGUGAAGUGGCACCAGCACAUGAAAUACCUUCUUCAGGAAAGUUGCAGACUCAUUUAUCUUCACACGUUAAUCGUCUGUUGAAAAACAAGGCUGCCGCUGCAAAGCUUUCUCGUAGCCAGAACCUCUUCCGCGUGGAGUUUGGACAAAAUGCUCAGAUAUGCAACGAAGUGCAAACAAUGAAGAAGCUCAUGGAACUUAGUAGCUCUGUUUGUCAUGUGAGAAUAAAUGGGAGUUCAGCCGGAAGUGGAUUUCUCCUCUUUGGCAAUUAUGUCCUCACUAAUGGACACGUUAUCAAAAACAUUUGUGAUGACCAUAAGAGGCAGUUAUAUGAAAAGCUAACCGUCCAUUUCUCUUAUGAAAGUCUGGAGCAGACGGCGGGAGGUCAGGCAGAAGUGGAAGAAGUUGUCGGCUUUGAAUUUUGCGUUGAUGAGCCAGGGCGUGACUGGGCUCUGUUAAAGCUCUGUGCUGAUCAGAAGUUGCCCGUUGGUUUAUUAACACGAGCUGGACCUGUUCCCCAAACUGGUGGAAUUUGCAUCAUUGGGCAUCCAGAUGGUGGGGUGAAAAAAAUAGAUCCAUGUUUCAUCAUUCCACCUGAGAACCGCAAUGAGGUUGUUAAGAGGCAUAACGGGGAAAAUCAGGAGCACAUUCAGUUGAUUACUAAUCGCUUCUUUGAGGACGUGGCGGAAUCUGUUCAACGACUCCAGCAGACUGUAAUGUACGAGUCUUGUUUUUAUUUUGGUUCCUCUGGUUCUCCUGUGUUUGACAAGUACUGCAAUGUCAUUGCAAUGCAUUCUGGGGGCUAUUCCUACAAAAGCGGAACUGGUGCAACCCAGAGUGUCAUAGAGUUUGGUCAUCCUUUGGUUAUCAUUGUCGCACGCUUCAUUGUCCAGAUGUUUGAGAGAAAGAGGUUUGAUGUGCUGGAGGAAUUUGUCAAUUGCCCCUUUGCUCAACCAACAAACAGUGACCACUUGCGGAAACUGUUAGACAGGGAAACGCUCACAAAUUUAAAGAAUGCAGUGAGCACAGGUGACCAGAGUUUGAGGACAUUCAUUCAACUCUUCACUCAGAAAGAAGAACCUGUUCCAAUGGACAUUGACUGAGCGCACACAGAUAAUAACAACGCUGAUUUGUGUCAAAAGAUAGUUUGGUAUCAUAAUCUUUCUGAGGAACUAUGAUGCUAAACUGAAACAUUUUCUUUAUUUCAUUUUAAUGCUUGUUUGUCUAGACACAGAUGUGAGAGCACACAAUGUAUUUUGCAUGUUUUGCAUCAUAUCUAGUUACUUUUCAUAUAAAUAAUUAUAUCUGAUUAUACAUUGCCAUGUAUAGACUUUCAAAAUAUUCAUAACAUUGAAUGUAAAAUCAUAAAAAUAUUUCCUAUUGAUUUUUGAUUGAUAAUUGUUUGUUAUUCAUAUUCUUUAUUGUUCAAACUGUCAAAAUUGAAACAUAUAACUAAAUAUUUCUCAUGGUUAAUUUUCAUAACAUCAUCAUCUCUGGUUAUACAUUGCAAUGUAUAGAUUGUCAAACGGUUCAUAAUGUUAAAUCAAUGAUAAAAUCAAUCAAUCAUAAAAAUAUUUUUCAGUUGAUUUUUUAUUGAUAAUUGUUUGUUAUUCAUAAACUUCAUUGUUCAAAAUUUAAAUGUAUAACUAAAUAUUUCUUAUGUUGUGAUGUUUAUUUUCUCUACUGUACUUCAUGAAUACUUAUAUACCUUAAUUAAAUGAAGCAUUUUUGGUUAUUUGUAUGACCCAGUGCAAUGUAGGGACAAAAUGUUUUCUUAGAAAGCAAAAUUACUAUGCAUUUCCCCCAAGGCCUUGGAUAUCUUGAAAUAAAUGGAUCACUGGAACCACUGA